CAGAAUCAAAAUAAAGGCACCGUAUGUCCCUCUGUCUCUCUGCAGACAGCUCCACAACCAAGAACAAACUCUCAACAUACACAGGACAAACACUCCUGUCACAAACAUAUUAUUUGAGGAAUUGUGUUGUGGACAGCUCACUGACCGUACCCAUGGCUCUACUGAAGUCAGGCUGGCUCUGGAGACAGACCUCUAUCCUAAAACACUGGAAGCUGAAUUGGUGUGACCUGUGGAUCGAUGGAACCCUGGCCUUCUACAAGACGGACAGUAGGCGAGAAUUUGAGCACCGAGUGGGCCUCAAGACCAGCUGUGUGAGCGUCAAGUCUGGCCUGGAGUGUGCAGGUCUCUCUCCCCCAGAGAACCACCCCAGGGAAAACCUGGUGGUGGUGCAGCUUAGAGACAGUACCACAGUGAUCCUGUGUGCCAACAGUGAGGAUGAGGCACUAGCGUGGAAAUUGACAAUUCUAGAGGUGAGACGAAACCCAUUUGUGUAUGACCCGUAUAACGACUCCUACCCGUCCGUCCCAAUGGACGGCCACAACACCAUGUACCUGGCUCCUGGAUCAGGUACCCACCACAUACUGAUCCAGAGAGACCCAUACGAUGGCAUAGGAGAACAGGUGGCACUGGGGCUACUGGCGGGCAUGGCGGCAGGCGCUGCUAUGCGCUCCUUUCUCUGGAUGCCCUUCUUUUUCUGCUGAUAUAGAAGGCCUCUAUGAGCAGGGAGGCACGGCUGGGAAACUCCCAGGCGCAUAUAUGUAGGAGUGCUGCUGUAGGCAUCACUCCUAAAAGUCUUAUUUUCUUGUCAUCCUUGAGUAAAAGUAAUGAUACCUUAAUAGAAAAGGACUCAAGUAAAAGCGAAAGUCACCCAGGAAAAUACUACUUGAGAAAAAUUC